AUGAAGGGUUCAAUCUUUGCGGCCGCGGCCGUAGUCGGCUCUGCCAUGGCCGAUAGCCACCUCCACCGUCGCCACGAGGCUAUUCACCAGCGUCGUGAGGCUUCGUCCAGCGUGCCCGCCCUCAGCGCGGAGACCUGUGGCUGCACGACCAAGGUCAUCACCUACUACGGUUCGCCCACCCUGGUGCCUAUCGUGGCUCCCACUUCGACUCCCACCUCGACUUCCACUUCGACUCCCAUCCCCGAGUCGACCUCGACCUUGACCAGCACCGUCCACUCCACUAGCACUACUACUCAGACUGUGACUGUUACCCCGUCUGCUGUCGCUGCUACCAGUGCUACUCCCUCUACCUCCGCGGUCGUCGUGACUCUGCCCACCAACGGUGUUACCAGCUUCUCCUCCACUGGUACCUACACCAUUCCGGCCACUACCAUGACCGUUACCGACACCACCACUGUCUGCGGUGCCACCAGCACUGUCGUGCCCAGUGGUACUCACACCAUCGGUGAGGUUACCACCAUUGUUGAGACUGGCACCGUUGUGACUUGCCCCUACGCCACUGUCAAGCCCACCGGCACUACCGUGACCAGCAUCAUUGAGUACACCACCUACACUUGCCCCGUUGCUGGUACCUACACUGUUGUGCCCGGCACCGUCACCUCCGUGCCCUCGGCCACCACCAUUGUGUACCCCACUGCCUCGACCAUCACCCCCGGUGUUUACACCAAGCCCGAGACCACCAUCACUGCUACCGUCACUGAUACUACCUACUACUGCCCCUUCGCUUCUAGCACUGGUCUCGCCACCUCGACUGUUCCUGCUGUGGCCACCUCUGCCAGCUCCCCCGCUGCCAUCGAGACUACCGCCGCUGCCGCUACUACCAGCGUUGUUGCUGCUACCAGCUCCAUCUCCACCGCUGCGGCCUCCACCGGCACCUCCAGCAGCGGCUUGAGCGGCGCUGGCCAGCUUGGUAUGACUUUCUCCCCCUACACCUCGUCCGGCGCCUGCAUGACCCAGUCUGAGGUCGCCCAUAACCUCAAGACCAUCAACGACAAGGGCUUCAACCUCGUCCGUGUCUACUCUACCGACUGCAACAGUCUGGAGUAUAUCGGCUCUGCCUGCAAGGCCCUCGGUAUGAAGAUGAUUCUGGGAGUCUACAUUGAGUCCUCUGGCACUGCCGGCGCUCAGGAGCAGGUUGAGGCCAUCGCCUCGUGGGCCCAGUGGUCAAUGGUCGAGCUGAUUGUCGUCGGUAACGAGGCUAUCUCUUCCGGCUUCGUCACCGCCGCCCAGCUGGCCUCCUUCAUCUCCUCCGCCAAGUCCUCCUUCACCUCCGCUGGCUAUACCGGCCACGUCACCACCACCGAGCCCAUUGACAUCUGGCAGCAGUAUGGUGCUUCCACUCUUUGUUCUCCCGUUGACAUUGUCGGUGCCAACAUCCACCCCUUCUUCAACUCCCAGACCACCGCCGAGAAGGCCGGUGAGUUCGCUCUGAGCGAGUACAAGAUCCUCCAGAAGCUCUGUGGUAAGGACGUCCUUAACCUCGAGACCGGUUGGCCCAAUGGCGGUAACGCCAACGGCGCUGCCGUUCCCGGUGUCGCUGAACAGAAGACUGCCAUCCACGCCAUCGCUCAGGCCAUCGGCUCCAAGUCGAUCUUCUUCUCCUACGCCGACGACGCAUGGAAGGCCCCUGGCGACUUCGAUGUUGAGCAGCACUGGGGCUGUGCCUCUGUCUUCUAA